AUGGAUAUCCAUACGAAUUCAUCUGGUUUUCAACAUGUUCUUAAUUAUGGCCCACAUACAGCUGUUGUUACGCAUCCAAAUCAUAAUCGUCAUCACCAUACCUACCACCAACAUCAUCAGCAUCAUCAGCCUCGCGUCUAUUCAUUGCCGCCACCACAAUCACGACCUGUGCAAAAUGCAGUCCCAUCUUAUCAACUAGUACCCCUUGUCCCUGUAUCGUACACUACUGUCUAUGCGCCUGUACAGCAACAGCAACAACAACACCAACAACAACCAAGGCCAUCAGGGCAAUUAAAACAACAUCCUCAAAUGGCACACGAUCCGUUUCAUGCCGAACAAUAUCAACCUAGCCGAGGAACAUCAGCACAAAUACCGUAUUACAAUUCCUUAGAUGAUCCUCAUAUGCAAGAUUACUACGCAAAGAGAUUUCACGUUCGUCCUAAAUCAGCGAUGAAACGUUCCAAACGAGCAGAUACACUUUAUCGAAUCACAGUGAAAACAGCCAAUGUUAAAGAUGCGGGAACCAAUGCCAAAGUUUACUUGAGUAUCUACGGAAAGAGAGAUCGAAUAUGUCGAAAACUAUUAACACGUGAAUCGAUGUUACGCGGCCAAUCUCAACUUUCAUUGUCAUUGAACGGUCUGGAUAAAGUAGAUGACAAUGAUUUAUACAAUAUUGAAUUUAAACGAGGAGCAACCGACAUUGUUUAUAUUCGUUGUCGAGAUCUUGGUAUUAUUCAGCAUAUCGUCCUCGAACAUACUGGUCUUCUAUUCGAACAAAGUUGGCUAUGCGAAUUUAUUCUAAUAACAAAUGUUCGCACAGGUCGUUCAUGGUUAUUUCCAUGUAAUAAAUGGUUAUCAUUAUUUCAUCCGGGAGAUGGCUCCUUAUCAGUCGAACUCUAUCCGAGUGACCGUGACGUUGAUUACGGAUUGAAACGACCAUAUGCACCUACAGAUACUGAAUAUGAAAUCGUUGUUGUAACAGGCGACAAACGAGGUGCUGGAACGGAUAGCCAAGUUUAUUUGACAUUAUUCGGACAUGAAGGCAAACGAACAGAAAAGAUUCAUUUAAGCAAAUCGAAUAAUAAAAAUCCAUUCGAACGGAAUCAAACAGAUACAUUUCGUGUUAAAGGGGAUUAUGUGGGAGAAUUAGUGAAACUUCGUAUUGAACAUGACAACACUGGUCGUCUACCAGGCUGGUUUCUUGAUCGAAUUGUCGUCACAGAUUUAUUUGAUCCGAAAACAAAAUAUUUUGCAACUUGUAACAAGUGGUUAGCCAAAGAAGAAGGCGAUGGGCAACUCUCUCGAGAUCUUCUAUUGCACAGAGACGGUGUUGGAAGUAGACAAAGCAAUCGGUAUAAAGUAUCAGUCUUCACCGGCAAAAAGCGAGGUGCUGGAACAGAUGCAGAUGUCUACAUCACCCUCUACGGUGAUAUGGGCGAAACGGGUGCAAUUAUGCUUGAUGACAAAAAAAAUAAUUUUGAAGCUGGAAAGAAAGAUGAAUUUACCAUUGAAUGUCCAAGUGUUGGUGAAUUGAAUAAAAUUUUAAUUGCACAUAACAACAAAGGUACAGCACCUGGAUGGUUUUUGGAUCGAGUUUUAGUCGAAGAUCUCGAUGCUAAUCGUAUAUAUGAAUUUCCGUGUUAUAAAUGGUUGGCCACCGAUGAAGAUGAUGGACAAAUCUCACGAUAUCUUUUCCCAUUAGCCGAAGGUGCUGGACCACAAGCGACGGCAGGUAUUCCAUACAAUAUUACUGUCUAUACGGGCGAUAAAAGAAAUGCUGGUACUGAUGCCCGAGUGUACAUCGUAAUGCAUAGUAAAAAAUCAUCAUCCGGUCAAAUUCCUUUACCUGGUGGAAAAUUUGAACAAAAAUCAGUUGAUCUAUUCAAAAUUGAUGGACCAGAAAACUUUAGUCCUUUAACAGCAUUAGAUAUCGGACAUGACAACUCUGGCCGAGGACCAGGCUGGUAUCUUGAUAAGGUUGUUGUCGAAUGUCCAAGUACAGGUAUUAUACAAACAUUUCCUUGCCACAACUGGCUUGCUGAUGACGAAGGCGAUAAACGUAUUGAACGUCGAUUAAUAGAAGAUGAAUCAUUACGGGAAACACGCGCACCAACUGUUCCUUGGUAUAUUUGGGUUUAUACCAGUGACAUGAAAGGAGCAGGUACUGAUGCUCACGUUAAUCUCGUUCUCUAUGGUCGUACUGGCAAAUCGGAUGAUAUUAAAUUACAAAGUAAAUCAGAUGCAUUCGAAGCUGGUCACUGUGACGAGUUCAAAAUGGACAUUGCCGAUGUUGGUAUACCAUUUAAAUUGCGUGUUAGUCACGAUAAUAAGAAACUGUUCGCAUCGUGGCAUCUCGAUCGAAUUGAAAUGGAAAAUUUGAACACAAACGAACGAUAUAAAUUUAUGUGCGGAAGAUGGCUAUCGAAGAAAGAAGAUGACAAACAAACUGUCCGAGAAUUACCUGCUGAAGGUCCCGGAAUAAAAAAACCUUUACCUGUCGUGAAAUACUUUAUCGAUGUAUAUACGGGCGACAAGAGAGGUGCUGGAACAAAUUCCAAUGUAUUCAUUAAUGUUUUUGGUGAAUGUGGUGACACAGGAGAACGACCGUUGGAACACUCGAAACAUAAGGACAAAUUUGAAAGAAAACAAGUCGAUAGUUUUACCAUCGAAGCGGUUUCAUUGAAAGAAAUACAAAAGGUUCGAAUCGGUCAUGAUGGCACAGGCCCAGGUGCCGGAUGGUUUUUAGACAAAGUUGUCGUCCGUCCAGAAGACGAACGUUAUAAACCGGCGACAUUCGAAUGCAAUAGAUGGUUAGCUGUUGAUGAAGACGACGGUCAGAUCAUUCGUGAAUUGACUUUGGCAUCAGCAGCGCAGCACUUGGAUAAAACAACAUACAAUGUUCGGAUAAAAACUGGCGAUGUUUUUCAAGCGGGAACAGACGCUGAUGUACAUUUGAAAAUCUUCGGAGAGAAAGAAAUGACAGAUAAAAUUCCGUUACGAACAUCGAAUAAUACAGCAAAUAAAUUCGAACGAAAUCGUAUUGACAGUUUUACAUUUGAAUUUGCUGAUCUCGGCAGGAUUGAACACAUCAUUAUCGGACAUAAUGGAAAGAAUCCAGGAGCUGGAUGGUUUCUCGAUUGGGUAGAAAUCGAUGUACCAAUGCGAGGAGAACUUUACAAAUUCUCUUGCCAUCGUUGGUUAGAUAAAAAGGAAGGUGAUGGUAAAAUAGAACUCGAUUUAGUACCUUCGGAUGUGACGAAAAAAGAGAGUGUUAUACCAUAUGAAAUAACUGUUUUUACCGGUAACAAAACGGGUGCCGGUACCGAUGCGAAAGUAUUCAUACAGAUGUACGGCUUGAAUGGUAAAACUGAAGAACUUGUAUUGAAGAGUAAAUCAGAUUCAUUCGAAAAGAAUGCGGUCGAUAAAUUCAAAAUCGAAGCACCAGAUAUUGGAGAAAUUCAAAAGAUCCGCAUUGGACACAAUUCAGAAAAGAUGAAUUCAGCAUGGUAUCUUGAGAAAGUUCGCGUUCAACGACAUUUGAGUGAUUCAUACGAUAAACGCAAACGAAGUUUCAAAUCGGGCAAAUCGUUACGUCUUAGUCAAAUUAGUGCGGUUGACCCCAAUGUUGAAGAGUAUUGGUUCUUCUGUCAACAAUGGCUUGAUAAAGGUUCAGGUGACAAGCAAACUGUUCGAGAACUACUACCAACGGAUGAAAAUGGAAAUCCUCUUAGUGAUCGAGACGAAGUAACAUAUACAGUGCAUGUCUUCACCGGUAACAAGUCUGGUGCUGGCACAGAUGCGAAUGUUUUCUUGACUAUUUACGGAAAAUACGAAGAUUCGGGUGAACGCGAACUUAGAAAUUCCAAGACGAAUAAAAACAAAUUCGAAAGAAACAAAGAAGACGUCUUCGAAAUCAAAGCUAUUUGGUUAGAUAAAUUGAGCAAAAUCAAAAUUCGUCACGAUAAUGCAGGAGGUGGUGCAGCAUGGUAUCUCGACCGUGUGGAAGUCGUUGAUCCGAAAACCGAUCAAGUGUAUCAUUUUAUUUGUCAAAAAUGGUUGGCAAAAGAUGAGGAUGAUGGAAUGAUCUCUCGUGAAAUUCCGGCGAUGGAAAAUAAAGCACUUCGCUUGGCAGCAGCGCGUGAAAGUGUUACCGGAGCACCAACCGAUUUCGGUCUUGAAAGAAAAGCACUAGCAACAACCUACAAUGUAAAAGUCACCACCGCAGAUAAAUUGGGUAGUGGCACCAAUGCCAACGUAUACAUAUGCAUAUAUGGCAAAAAUAAUGAUACAGGAAUAGUCCCGUUAGCAACGUCAAAAACGCACAAGGAUCCAUUUGAACAAGCUCAUACUGAUGAAUUCGAAAUUGAGGCCAUGGAUAUUGGGGAACCUAUCAAGAUCAAGAUUGGCCAUGAUAAUGCAGGUUUUCGACCAGAUUGGUUGUUAGAGCGUGUAGAAAUCGAUGUACCAAAGUUGGGUCAUACAUGGUUGUUUCCAUGUGGUAAAUGGAUUAGCAGAUCCAAAGGCGAGGGCCAACUAGAACUGGAACUUUAUCCUAAAUCAAGAGCAGGCUCUGUGUAUACGCCAUUUGUUCCAUAUGAAAUCAAAAUUGUUACAUCGAAAAAGUCGGGCGCAGGCACUGAUGCCAAUGUUUUCAUUGAAAUUUACGGUGUUGACAAGACAACUGGUGAAGUGAUGCUAUGUAGUAAAACUGAUCGAAAAGGAAAAUUUCAAACGGGUUCAGUCGAUACUUUUGUUCGAGAACUUGAAGAUGUGGGUGAUGAAAUUGAAAAGAUUCGUAUUGGACAUGACAAUCACGGCAUAGGCGCAGCAUGGCAUUUGGAUCGCGUGGAGAUUCGUCGAUUAUUGAAAGGUCAAAAAACGAAAACAUAUGUAUUCCCGUGUGACCGUUGGUUUGCCAAAAAUGAAGAUGAUCAUAACAUUAUACGUGAACUUGUACCAGAACGUGUUAUUGAAGAAAAACUCGACAAAAGUGGACAAUUAAAAGUGCAAGAAAAAGAAGUACGAGAUCGACUUGAAAUGAAACAGUAUGUAGUCGAUGUUUAUACGGGCGAUCAACCUCGUUGUGGCACAGAUGCUAACGUAUUUUGUACAAUCUAUGGCGAUCGAGGUGAUACAGGCGAACGUGAAUUAUCGCAUUCCGAAACCCACAGAAAUAAAUUUGAAAAGAAACAAGUCGAUCGGUUUAAAAUCGAUUGUGCCGAUUUAGGAAAUGUCUAUAAACUGAAGAUUCGACAUGACAACAAAGGACCAUUUGCUGAUUGGUUCUUAUCAAAAGUAGAAGUCGUCGAUGAUAUCAGAACUUACGUCUUCUUCUGCGAACAAUGGUUGGCCAAAGGAAAAGGCGAUGGAAAACUCGAACGAACACUCUAUGAAAAAGAUUACCAAGGAUCCAAAAGCAGUCUCGGAUCGAUUCCUCGUUCAGUGACUGGUUCUCGAGCAAUCUUAGGAUCGACUGAAAGCGACAUUAAAAACGAACCGUUUCAGCGUGUACAAAAGAAGAAUGUCAUGUCAAGUAUUGCCGAAGAAACUCGAUCCCGAGGUUCAACUGACGAAGGCAUACCAUACACUGUUAAAGUUAAAACUGGCGAAGCACGCGAUGCUGGCACUUCUGCGAACGUUUUUAUACGUCUAAUCGGACGUAAAGGUCGACAAACACGUCUAAUUCCAUUGGAACUCUUGCAACGGCAACGUUUUGAGCCAGGAAAAGUUGAAACAUUUUCUCUGCAAGAGUUAGACAUCGGCGACUUGGAAAUGGUGGAAAUCGAGCAUGACGGCGAAACAUUAGCUGAUAGUUGGUAUCUGGAAGAUGUUUCCGUGGAAAUGCCAACGAAAGGACGAUCGUUCUACUUUCUUUGUAAUCAAUGGUUAUCCCGAGAAAAAGGUGAUGGAAAAACAAAACGAAUACUUCGAGUACAAGAUUCAAAUCAAGGAUCAUUUCGUCCAUUGAUACCAUACGAAGUAACAUUCUUCACGGCAGACGAAGAGAAUGCUGGUUGUGAUUGUGACGUUAGCUUGAAGCUGUAUGGCACAAAUGGUUCAUCAUCGGAGCAUGUUUUCAAUAAAGAAGAAGGCCAAUUCGAACGCGGUUCAAUCGAUCCAUUUCAAUGUGAACUAGACGAUGUUGGUGAACCGAUUAAAUUACGCGUCAAAAUUAUACCUAAAGGUAAACAUGGUCGACAUCGAUGGUUCGUACAAAACAUUGAGCUGGUUAAAUAUACAAAACAAAACAAACGACACAAACCGUAUCUCUUCGGCUUGAAUGAUUGGAUAUCAAAGGACACUGGUUUUCUUCAAGAUAUCCCAUUGACAGAUCAUGGAAAAUCUAUAAUUCAAGAAACAACCUACCGCAUUACCACUAAAACAAGUGAUAUUAGUGGUGCAUCUUGCGAUGCGAACGUUUUCAUUGUUAUUUAUGGUCAAAAUGGCGAAAGCCGAGAAUUAGAACUGAAACAUUCAUCUACACAUAGAAAUAAAUUUGAACGAAACCACGAAGAUGUCUUCACUUUUGAAAACAUUCAAAGUUUGGGAGCAUUGACCCAAAUUCGUAUCUGGCACGACAAUUCUUCGCUAAAAAACUCUUGGCAUUUGGAAUACGUUCAAAUUGAUGACACUCAUACAGGCGAAUCUUACAAAUUUCCAUGUGAUAAAUGGUUAUCUUCGAAGAAAGAUGAUCAACAAAUUGUUCGUGAACUCGUAUGCGAGGACAAUCCACGUGGUGGCAGUCGACGAGGAUCAUUAACACCUUCUGGUGAAGUACAAUAUGAAAUUGAAGUCACCACCUCCGAUAAACAGAAUGCUGGAACCACUCAACAUGGAUGGAUUGUUCUUGAAGGAGCAAGAAAACGAUCCAAAAAGUUCUAUAUGAAAAAUACACCGCAUAAUAAGAUUUUACGAGGAGGACAAACGGAUUCGUUUAAAUUCCAGUGUCGACCUCUUGGAGCAUUAGAACGCAUCGUUUUGGGCCACGAAGAACGUCCUGAAUAUCCACUUAGAUCUUAUGAAGGUCGCGAUGCUGCGUGGCAUGUUGCGCACGUCACCGUUACAGAUCCUUCAACCGGCUUCAAAUAUGAAUUUCCCGUUCGUGAUUGGAUUGUUAUUAAUGAUGAUGCAAAGACAUUCGAAUGUGCUAGUAAAGAAGAAGACACUGUUAGCCGACAGCGUCAUCGACGACCAAUUAAAUACAAAAUCAUCGUUCAUACAGGUGAUAAGUCACAUGCUGGUACGGAUGCGAAUGUAUCGAUUAUCCUUUAUGGUACGCUGGGAGAUACAGGUGUUCGUCCGUUGAAACAAAAAGGCCGUAAUCUAUUCGAGCGUGGUCAGGUCGACGAAUUCGUUAUUGAAUGUUUGGAAUUAGGCAGCUUGACCAAAUUGCACAUCGAACAUGAUAAUGCCAUGUUGUCUGCUGAUUGGUUUCUCGAUAAAGUUGAAGUUGUUAAUAUGGAUACGCAAGAAACAGUUCUAUUUCCAUGUAGCCGAUGGUUGAGUAAAAAGCAUGAUGAUGGCGAGAUAAAACGAGACCUUUUACCAAUUCGUGCUUCGUAA